GGGGACCGGAGCGUGUCACUCGCGCGCUCCCUCUGGGCACAGAGGAUGUGCUGAAUGGUGCGCUUCGAGGCGGCGGCCAAGCAGGAUCCGGCGGCGGGCGGCUCGCACUGCCCGGCUCUGCUCCUUCGCGUCUUCCGAGGCACCACAGCCACCGCGGGCUCUCGACCCUGCGUCCCGCCCGGGGCAUGGCCGGCUGCUGCGCCCUCGCGCGUCCCGCUUGCUGAGCGGUGCUGGUCAGAGGUGCGGAGGCCAAGAGGCCGGGAGGCCGGCAGGCGGCGGAGCCCAGAGCCUGCUGAGCCGAGAGCCGAGCCCGCCCGUGCCCGGAGCUCCGCGCACGAUCCCCGCUGCGCUCACCCGGGCUGCCGGGAACCCCGAUGAGCCCAGAUGGCUGGGGCUCAGCCCGGAGUGCACGCUUUGCAACUCAAGCCCGUGUGCGUGUCCGACAGCCUCAAGAAGGGCACCAAAUUCGUCAAGUGGGAUGAUGACUCCACUAUUGUAACUCCAAUCAUUUUGAGGACUGAUCCUCAGGGAUUUUUCUUUUACUGGACAGAUCAAAAUAAGGAGACAGAGCUGUUAGAUCUCAGCCUCGUCAAGGAUGCCAGGUGUGGGAAGCAUGCCAAAGCUCCCAAGGACCCCAAGUUACGUGAACUUCUGGAUGUUGGGAACAUCGGGCACUUGGAGCAGCGUAUGAUAACAGUGGUGUAUGGGCCUGACCUGGUGAACAUCUCUCACUUGAAUCUUGUGGCUUUCCAAGAGGAAGUCGCCAAGGAAUGGACAAGUGAGGUUUUCAGCUUGGCCACAAAUCUACUGGCUCAGAACAUGUCCAGGGAUGCAUCUCUGGAGAAAGCAUAUACUAAGCUCAAGCUUCAGGUCACUCCAGAAGGGCGCAUUCCUCUUAAAAACAUCUAUCGAUUGUUUUCAGCAGACCGAAAGCGAGUUGAAACUGCACUAGAGGCUUGUAGUCUUCCAUCUUCACGGAAUGAUUCCAUACCUCAAGAGGAUUUCACUCCAGAUGUAUACAGAGUGUUCCUGAACAAUCUUUGUCCCCGUCCUGAAAUUGAUAACAUCUUUUCUGAAUUUGGUGCCAAAAGCAAACCGUACCUUACUGUUGAGCAGAUGAUGGAUUUUAUCAACCUUAAGCAGAGAGAUCCCCGACUCAAUGAAAUACUUUACCCACCUCUGAAGCAAGAGCAGGUCCAAGUAUUGAUUGAGAAGUAUGAGCCCAACAGCAGCCUCGCCAAGAAAGGGCAGAUGUCAGUGGAUGGAUUCAUGCGCUACCUGAGCGGAGAAGAAAACGGAGUCAUUUCUCCUGAGAAACUGGAUCUGAAUGAAGACAUGUCACAGCCCCUGUCCCACUAUUUCAUCAAUUCCUCACACAACACCUACCUCACAGCUGGCCAGUUGGCUGGGAACUCCUCUGUAGAGAUGUAUCGCCAGGUGCUUCUGUCUGGAUGUCGCUGUGUGGAGCUGGACUGCUGGAAGGGAAGGACUGCAGAGGAAGAGCCUGUCAUCACCCAUGGAUUCACCAUGACAACAGAAAUAUCCUUCAAGGAAGUCAUAGAAGCCAUCGCAGAAUGUGCGUUCAAGACCUCGCCUUUUCCCAUCCUCCUGUCCUUUGAGAACCAUGUGGACUCCCCGAAGCAGCAAGCCAAGAUGGCCGAGUAUUGCCGAUUAAUCUUUGGUGAUGCCUUGCUUAUGGAGCCACUGGAAAAAUACCCACUGGAAUCUGGGGUACCUCUUCCGAGCCCUAUGGAUUUAAUGUAUAAAAUCUUGGUGAAAAACAAGAAGAAAUCACACAAGUCAUCAGAAGGAAGUGGUAAAAAGAAGCUCUCUGAGCAAGCCUCCAACACAUACAGCGACUCCUCCAGUGUGUUCGAGCCCUCGUCUCCGGGAGCUGGGGAGGCAGACACAGAGAGUGACGAUGACGACGAUGAUGACGACUGUAAAAAGUCUUCCAUGGAUGAGGGGACUGCCGGCAGCGAGGCCAUGGCCACAGAAGAGAUGUCUAACCUAGUGAACUAUAUUCAACCUGUCAAGUUUGAGUCCUUUGAAAUUUCAAAAAAAAGAAAUAAAAGCUUUGAAAUGUCUUCCUUCGUGGAAACCAAGGGACUUGAACAACUUACCAAGUCUCCAGUGGAAUUUGUAGAAUACAACAAGAUGCAACUUAGCAGGAUAUAUCCCAAAGGCACACGUGUGGACUCCUCCAACUACAUGCCCCAGCUCUUCUGGAACGCUGGCUGUCAGAUGGUGGCACUCAAUUUCCAGACAGUGGAUCUAGCUAUGCAGAUAAACAUGGGCAUGUAUGAGUACAAUGGGAAGAGUGGCUACAGGCUGAAGCCAGAGUUCAUGAGGAGGCCGGACAAGCAUUUCGACCCAUUUACCGAGGGAAUCGUAGAUGGGAUAGUGGCCAACACUCUAGCCGUUAAGAUUAUUUCAGGUCAGUUUCUUUCUGAUAAGAAGGUUGGAACUUACGUGGAAGUGGAUAUGUUUGGUUUGCCUGUGGACACAAGGAGGAAGGCAUUUAAAACUAAGACAUCCCAAGGAAAUGCUGUAAAUCCUGUCUGGGAAGAAGAACCUAUUGUGUUCAAAAAGGUAGUUCUGCCUUCUCUGGCCUGUUUGAGGAUAGCAGCAUAUGAAGAAGGAGGUAAAUUUAUUGGCCACCGGAUCUUGCCUGUGCAGGCUAUACGGCCAGGCUAUCACUACAUCUCCCUGCGGAAUGAGAGGAACCAGCCCCUGAUGCUGCCAGCUGUCUUUGUCUACAUAGAAGUCAAAGACUACGUGCCAGAUACAUAUGCAGAUGUGAUCGAAGCUCUGUCCAACCCGAUCCGAUAUGUCAAUCUGAUGGAGCAGAGAGCUAAGCAGCUGGCUGCACUGACCCUGGAGGACGAGGAGGAAGUGAAGAAAGAGGCUGACCCUGGGGAAACAUCAUCGGAGGCACCAAGUGAAAGCAGGACCACGCCAGCAGAAAAUGGGGUGACUCACACAACAUCCCUUGCACCCAAACCACCUUCCCAGGCUCCACACAGCCAGCCAGCUCCAGGUUCUGUAAAGGCGCCCGCCAAAACAGAAGACCUGGUCCAGAGUGUUUUAACAGAAGUGGAGGCGCAGACCAUUGAAGAGCUCAAGCAACAGAAAGCGUUCGUGAAGCUUCAGAAGAAGCACUACAAAGAAAUGAAAGACCUGGUCAAGAGACACCACAAGAAAACCACCGAGCUCAUCAAGGAGCACACCACCAAGUACAACGAGAUCCAGAACGACUACCUGAGAAGGAGGGCAGCCUUGGAAAAGUCCGCCAAGAAGGACAGCAAGAAAAAAUCUGAACCCAGUAGCCCUGACCAUGGCUCAUCUGCCAUUGAGCAAGACCUCGCUGCCCUGGAUGCAGAGAUGACCCAGAAGUUAAUAGACUUGAAGGACAAGCAGCAACAGCAGCUGCUUAAUCUUCGGCAAGAGCAGUAUUACAGUGAGAAGUACCAGAAGCGAGAGCACAUUAAACUGCUUAUCCAGAAGUUGACAGAUGUUGCCGAGGAGUGUCAGAACAAUCAGUUAAAGAAGCUCAAGGAAAUCUGUGAGAAAGAGAAGAAGGAAUUAAAGAAGAAGAUGGAUAAAAAGAGGCAGGAGAAGAUAACAGAAGCCAAAUCGAAAGACAAAAGCCAGAUGGAAGAGGAGAAGACAGAGAUGAUCCGGUCCUACAUCCAGGAGGUGGUGCAGUACAUCAAGAGGUUAGAGGAAGCACAGAGUAAAAGACAAGAAAAACUCGUGGAGAAACACAAGGAGGUCCGCCAGCAGAUCCUAGAUGAAAAGCCCAAGCUGCAGAUGGAGCUGGAGCAAGAGUACCAAGACAAGUUCAAGAGACUGCCCCUGGAGAUUCUGGAGUUUGUACAGGAGGCCAUGAAAGGGAAAAUCAGUGAAGACAGCAAUCACGGGUCUGCCCCUCCCUCCCUGGCCUCAGAGCCUGGAAAGGUGAACCACAAGUCUCCCUCCAGUGAGGAAGUAGAAGGAGAGAACCCAGGAAGAGAGUUUGAUACUCCUCUGUGAUGUUCCUGCCAGGCCUUCUAGAUAUGCACGGCUGCUUGAGUUCCAUCAGACUCCAAUGACAAAGAUCACUGCCCAGGGCCAUCUUCCUGAGAAGCAUCCCUUAGCCUGAAAUCCACACCAAAGCAAGAGUUCCAGAAGGAUCUGUGUGGAAGUCCCAUACCCCAGUUCCAUGUGUCAUGUGGAAACUAUUGCCAGUCUAGAGAGAAGGAUGCAUGUAUGCAGGAUUUUUCUUUUCUUUCCAAUAGUAAAUUGAAAGCAGGCAGCUCCCAGGCUCCAUGGAACAUAUAAUGAAGGACAAUGUCUUCUUUGAAGAAAACUUGAGCUCAUGUCUUCAUUUGAAGCCCUGGUGUAAAGUAUUUCAAAUAGAAAUAGUUUGAGAAGUGCAUAGCACCAUUUAACACUAUGGAACAUCCCAGUUGACCAUUGUUUCCCAAACGGCCCCGCAAUUCCAUGUUUUCAAGUUAACAUGUAUAUUAAAUUGUGUCAUCCUUUGCUUUGCAAGCACUGGUGGCUUGCAUUUUGCUAAUUUAUUUAUCACAGAGGCAUCUGUAUUUGCUAUUGACAUGGCUUUAUUAGAUACCAUAGUGACUCUUAUAAGCUGGUUUCUUUUAUUAAAAAAAAUAAAUAAAUCACUUGACUGUAUCAUUGCCCAGUGAAGCCAUUUCCCUAUUAUUAAUAUGGAUUGUAUAUCUGUACACCUUUGGGUAUCUAUUGGUUGUUGUCCUAAAAUGAUCAAACAGCUACAACGGGUCUGUUCUGUCGAGUAAGAAUUGAGCUGAUGUGUAUUAAUCAGGAUUUCAGCUAAACUGAACAGGUUCAAGUGGGUUAUUUUGUUGUCAGAUAUUUUUUGUGGUUCAUUUAUUUUUACUGUAGAAAGGAAGAUAGAAUAUUUAUCGAAAUGCACAUGUAUAAAUGAUACACAUUAUCUCCAUGUAUAUAUUACAUGUAUACACCCAGUCAUAUAAGUGCACACACACAUACAUACGCAUGAGUGUACAUGUGUGUUUAUUAAUUGGCAGUGACCCAAAUCUCUUCCAUAAGAUUUAAAAGCAAGUUCAGGGAUACAUGGACAGAGAAGAAAUGGGUCAAAUAUAUAUGUCACGUGGAUAUUAAAUUAUAUGGAAAUGUUAAGAAUCAGUUUAUGGAGUCAUUGAUGCAACUUGAGGUAGACUUAGAAUUUAGAAUAUAAAUUUGCUAAAAAAUUUUGUAGGAUCAAAAUUGGAUUUUAAGUAUCAGAUUUUGAGAUUGUUUUAAUGCUCAGAAUAUGCAAAAAUGCAUAGGAAAUAGAGUGCAAAUAUAUUACUACUAUCUUCAAUAAAUUUUAACUGAUUGAUUUCAAUUUUAUUCUAAUAGUAAUAAAGCUUUGGUUAUAUUUUAGUUUGUAUACUUACUGCACUUAGUCAUGUCUUUUUGAGUUUUUAUUUUAUUUUAAGGGGAAUAAGAGAAAUUAUAUCAUGUUAAAGCUAAUAAAAAUGUUAUUAAAAAGUAUUAAGAAAUAAUAAUUAUAUAGAAAAAUAUGGUUUAGAGAGUGAGACAACGAACAUAAAAACCCAGCAAUGACAUGCUCAUGGCUUCAUUUUAUUUUAAAGUGAACCUGUCUGGUUAUAAUUUAGCAAAGCAUUUUACAAUGCAAAAACCAGUUGUGUCCUGAAAUUUGUGUUUCAAGAAUUUAGUGUUUUUAUGGAAAUGAUUUUAUUUAACUUUAAGCAAUAACUAGGAUCAUAAUUAAGUUUUAAUCAAAAUGAAGUUUUGCUUCGAACACCAUGACAGUGUUUGAUUAAAAAAAAAUAUCUAGUGAGACACAAGGGGGAAAUCACAUCCCCUUUAGAGAUGAUUGUAUUUUAUGUGAAGAAUCAGGAGUGUUAAUUAGAAACUUACUAAAACUUACCUUCCACCGAAGAGAGAGCUUUUGUAAACUGUACUACUUUUGCACUUUGAAGGAAAGGCAUUACUCAGAAGUGAGAAUGGUCCAGAUGGAAUGCUGCAUUUUACAAACACAAUUAUAGACUGUCGAAAAUUGGAGAAGAAUGAAUUGAUAACAGCAUUCAUAACCAAACACAGCAGCGAUUAUUACAGAACAAUGGAUUUCAUCGUAGUCCAUAUAGUGACUGAGGUUGAAUAACCUUGACUUUCAAACCCUGUUUUGGUAGUUGGACUUCAUUAUCUUGGUGAUUCUAGUCAUUUUACAAUGUUUUGUAUUUGGUCAUUUACUGUAAUCACAUUUUUAUAUCUGUACAGUGACACUUUUUGCAGUUGUGGGGUAGUGUGUAACACUGUGCAUCUUGCAUCUUUGAAACUACUACCGUGAUACUAUCCAUUAAUAAUAUUAAUAUUACUUGAAAAUAGACAAAGGUAAAGAAAAGGGGUCUAUAUGAUGUGCAGUUGUGUGCCUUUCUGUAUUUGCCUUGUUCUUUGUUGAAUGUGUGAAAUUCUGUACUGUGGAUUUUCCUAUAAUAGAGAGUAGAGUCAUGCAUUAAUUAGACUGUGUCCCUGACACCUUUAAACUACUGAGAAUAAUGUGGUUGGGCCGUGUAAAUCAGUGUUCAAAGUUCUAAUGACAUGCCAUGUGUUUUGGCUUUUAACAUUUCAGUACCAUCAUACACUAGUUAAUACUCCUGUAAUAGAUAAGCAGUCAUUAAUUAAGUUCUGAAAGAAAGGCCAUUGCUUGCAUCCCUUUGAAUUUAAUGUUGCCCUUGUGCACUGUGUUAAUACUGUUUGUGAUGGAUUGAACAUUGUAACUUUUGCCUUUUAAGAAGAAAAAGAAAGAGAGGGCAAAGUAUUUGAUGCUCUUAAAAUGUAUAUAUUUGGCUUCUUCUUAUCUCAAAUUAUUUAAAAUGCAUAAUUCACAUUUUUGUAAUCAUUCUAUGCAAUUUUGUGGCAUGAUGUUUCUUCCACUUGUAAUUUUAUGUGCUUUCAUCACAAAUCCAAAGGAAACAAUAAAAAUUUCUUAACACAG